CUUGUGGAGGCGCCGGCGUGUCAGAGGGUUUUAAAAUGGCUUUGAUUCCCUAUGAUGAAAAUGCUGUUUGGGGAUUGCAGAAGUUGCAUAAAUCAGCAUCUACUUACCAUUUUGCCAACCACACAAUUGAAAUCAAACAAAACUGGAAACAACUGGGUGUAGCAGCAGUAGUAUGGGAUGCGGCUGUAGUCCUGUGUUCUUAUCUGGAGACAGGAGCUAUUGGUCUCCGAGAGCGCUCAGUGAUUGAGCUAGGAGCAGGGACUGGAUUACUGGGAAUAGUGGCCACACUCUUGGGUGCUCAUGUCACCAUCACAGACAGGGCAGCAGCCCUGGAAUUUCUUGAGUCAAACGUUCAGGCUAACUUACCCUCUGAACACCAGUCAAGAGCUGUGGUAAAGGAACUGACUUGGGGAAGGAACUUGGAGAAUUUCUCUCCAGGAAAAUUUGACUUUAUCUUGGGUGCAGAUAUCAUUUAUCUGGAAGAAACAUUUGUGGAUCUGCUUGAGACACUAGAGCAUCUUUGCUCAGAACACACCACGAUUUUGCUUUCAUGCCGGAUUCGUUAUGAACGGGAUCAGAAUUUCCUGAAGAUGCUGAAGGGACAUUUCUCUGUACAUGAAGUCCACUAUGACACUAGUAAAGAUGUACAUAUAUUCAAAGCACAGAGAAGUUUUCAUAAAGAAGACCUUUGACUGUGUAUGUUAGUAUUAGAAUCAAACAGUAGCUGGUGUCCAGCUACCAUUAUUUCUAUUUGUACCAAAAAGCAUAAUUUUAAAAGUAUCUAGCUAGCUUCAUGUACCACAAUGUACUGCAUCUAUCUGCUGGCAUACCUGACCAUCCCUGUAGUCUGGGGUAGCAUACUUUCACACUUUUCACUGUUGUCAAAAUUCAAAAAGGUAAUUCUUAGAGCUGGUUUAAAAUUUUUAACUGGAAAAUAUCUCCAAGCAAAAAUGAGAUGUAGUUGAAAACAUGUUUUGCAGGAAUAGCUUUGAUUUUUUUUUUGUUCAUGUAAUUUUUAGUACCUGUAAAUUAAAUAAUGAUUAUUCUCA